CCAUCUCGCCAGUCCUCCAGCAGGCAGCCAGCAGCCAGGGCGUAAGGCACACUUACGGUUUCCGGUAGCAGAGCAGCUUGUCCUCACAACCGUUCACCAUUUCUAAGUCGGGAGAUAACGUCUUUCAAUCUUCGUGGUGUGAUAAAGUAUGGAAAUGGAACUCAGCGAUUAUUGCUUCAACUUUGAUCUCUUCAACGACGAAAGUCUCUUCGAUGGAGAAUGGUCAAGUGGUGCCGUCCACAAGUGUCCAUUCCUGUCCCCUGUCAGCGGACAGCAUUUUUAACACAGGUUCCGCCGACACAGGCUUUCCUUCUAAAGACGAAGCUGUCUCGGCGGAUUCCCGACUUGCUAACGGUGACGAUUUGUUGGAAUUACUAGACGGACUACCGGAAUGUGAAACCAUCCCUGAGGACAACCAUGUCCCUGAUGAGACAAAUAAUACAUUUGCUCUUAGGGAACCAACUACCCCUGAUCCUACUGACUGGAUGUCAGACAGUCUACUGAUGGACCUACUCUCUGGCUCGCUGCCUGCUUCAAAUACAAAGCCAGUCAACUUUGAGGAAGCUUUUACCAACAGUGCCAUCCAUCAUGACGACUCUCAGGCUGUCCAGUCAGCAAACACUCCUCUAACUCAUGGUAUAACACAACAACCUGCAGCAGUGGAUACUGCAGCUGUGGCUAUUGAUCAUUUGUAUUGCUCUUCUGCGCCAAAACAAGCAAAGUUAGAACCUUCUCAUACACCAGAAAAGCCAGCUGCACUAACAAAGUACCAAGAACGAAGGAAAAAGAACAAUAUCUCGUCAAAGAGAUCACGCAAUUCAAGGAGAGCUCGUGAAUGUAAUAUGUCAGACCAAAUUGUUGAAUUGGAAAGAGAGAACGAGACUCUAAAGGAAAGUGCUCGCAUGUUGGAGCUUGAAAUACAAAACAUGAAACAACGACUCACCGUUAGGUUGAUGGCAACUAAUGGACAACACUAACUAAUGAACUGUUUGAGCAACUGAAAUGUCAUAAAAUUUGAUGGUAUGUGUGAUACUAGCAGUGUUGUAAAGCAACAUUCUAUAGUCAUUGGCUGUUUGCUACUUGCUCUUCUAGUUGUUUGUAGCUGUGAGUCAGUGAUGUGUAAACCUGUACAAUAGGAGAAUUUGUAAGUAAUCAACACUGCAAAUACUAGA